CGCGAGGGGCGUGGCGCUGGUAUGUCGCCUUCGUGCGUAUCAGCGUGCAAGUGGGAUGCUCUGCUGGUUGCAGAUCAGCGCUCAGUAGGUUAAUCUGCACUUCACGGGAUUCAACAGCUUGCUGCCACUUACAUGUUCCCACAACUUUACGUCUUUAUACUUAGCCUCAUCUAAUUGAAUCCUUUACUUUCUUUGCUCUAGUACAACUCGGCAAUUAUGGCUAUAGACGCGCCUGUUAUUUUAUCCGCUCUCUUCUUUACAAUCAUCGCCAUUAUUGUUGCCUCGGCAUUUUUAGCUAAAAAAUCUGCACCAAAGAACGGCAAGCAGAAGCGAGAAAAAGAGGCGAGACCGGAGCAUACUGCUGAGGUCUCUGAGCCCAGAGUGAAGCCCACCAUAGCGGAGGAGAAAAGACAAGAAGAGCCCGUUUCAGCUCCUCCUGUCGUUGAGGAGAUUGGAGUCGCAGAUGAGCCCCCGGCUCUUGAAGCUGAAGUCGCCUCAGUACACCAGGCGCAAGUCCAGGCUGCCCCAGAAGAGGAGCCCUUACCUGAAGUCAUCCCAGCCUCUGCUCCUGUGGAAGUGCCCACCUCUGAGCCUGUCCCAGAACCAGAGCUCAAACCCACCCCAGAAAAGAUGGUUCCAGAACCUGUACUAGAGCUGGUCUCAGAAUCUGUCUCUGAGCAAGUUUCAGAAGCUGCCCCCCAACUGGACUCACAUCCUUCUUUUGUGUUGGUGUCAGAAACUGCUCCUGAGUUGGUUUCUGAACCAGCCCCUGAACCAAUCUCACAACCGGCCCCCGAACGAUUCUCAGAACCAGUCCCUGAACCAGUCUCACAACUGGCCCCCAAACCAGUCUCAGAAACGGCCCCUAAACCAGUUUCAGAACCAGCCCCUGAACCAGUCUCACAACGAGCCCCUGAACCAUUCUCAGAACUGGCCUCUGAACCAGUUUCAGAACCAGCCCCUGAACCAGUCUCAGAACCGGCCCCUGGACCAGUUUCACAACCGGCCCCCGAACAAGUUUUAGAACCGGCCCCUGAACCAGUCUCCGAACCGGCCCCUGAACCAGUCUCACAACCAGCCCCUGAACCAGUCUCAGAACCAGCCCCUGAACCAGUCUCAGAACUGGCCCCUGAACCAAUCUCAGAACCAGCCCCUGAACCAGUCUCAGAACCGGCCCCUGAACCAAUCUCACAACAGGCCUCUGAACCAGUCUCAGAACCAGCCCCUGAAGCAGUUUCAGAACCUGCCCCUGAACCAGUUUUAGUACCAGCCCCUGAAUUAGUUUCAGAACUUGUCCCGGAACCUUCCCCUGAACCAGUUUCAGAACCAAUUUCAGAACUAGCCCCAGAACCAAUUUCAGAACCAGCCCCUGAACCAGUUUCAGAACCAAUUUCAGAACCAGCCUCACAACCAAUUUCAAAACCAGCCCCAGAACAAGUUUCUGAGCCUGUCCCAGAACCAGUUUCAGAACCUGCCCAAGAAUCAAUUUCAGAGCCCACUCCUGAAUCACUUUCAGAAUCCACUCUUGAACCAGUUUCAGAAUCUUCUCCUGAGACCAUUUUAGAGCCAACUGUUGAGCCUCUUUCAGAACCAGUUCCAGAACCUGUUGGGGAGCAUAAUGAUGUGGCAGCUGCCCCAGUGGAGGCUGAAGGCAAAACUUCAAGUUUCAAACCUGGCAAAAAGAAAGCCAUGAAAUUUGACACAAGGAUGACGAAGGAAGAGCUGGAGGAGGAGCAGAGGUCAGUGUUUCUGGAUGGCCACUCUGACAAUAGUAUCAAAACACAAACAGUAUUUAUUCACAAACCUGUUCACAAAACUGAACCACUUUCCAUGUGGCAGUUGAAGCUAAAAGAGCAAAGAUGCCUUGAAAAGAUAUCACUUUAAAGUAUGAGAAAAAGAGGCUGGUAUACCAUCAAGGCAUGACAACUUUGAUGAGUGUUUUCAGAUACGUGCAUUUAGAGAUCCUUAUCUGAGCACCAACAUGUAUCCAAUCCACACUGCCUCCGACUUAGCUUCCCUUCAGGUAGGAAUAUCAGCUCUCAUUUUUUCUCAUUUUUCUCUCUUUUUUUGUUUCUUUCUCUCUCAUUUUUAAAAAUCAAGUUUAAACAAAUGAAGAUGUAGUUGUCAGCAUAGGCUGGAUAACAAUAGAUUACUCAAAGACAGUUUCUUCUGUGUUGUGUAGCUGAGUAAUUUAGGAUAUUAGAUUAUGAUUAUUAUUAUUAAGGUGGACUUAUAUUACAUAGAUGCAAUGUUUGUAUGCUAGGGCAGAGUCUUUUUCUGAUUUUUUUAGGAGUCUGCAAACUAGUAUGUGGUGGGCAGGCUAUCAGUAAAGAGGCUGUUUUUACUGAGGAUAAUACCUUAUAAUCUCUCCUCUGUGACAUCCUGCUAGUCUUGCGAUUUGCAUGAAGACAGAACAGACUUGCAUAACUGCAUGCCUUCACUCAUAUCUGUAGCAUGCUUCCUGCACGGGGUCUGCUAUCGGUAGAGAAGCAGUCGUGGGGGGCCCCAGGGCUUGUGUGGAGCUGUGUUCUUUUUCCCCACUGCAGAGACAGGGAGUGGGUGGGGAUGGGUCUGCUAGAUAAGGGCAUGGAGACGAAGUUAUGGAGGAUAGUACUUCUGGCAGAGACAGCAGUGCCUUUGUUUUUCUGAAUCUGUUGUUCUGUAGAUGAAGUGGAUAUCUUGAGUAGGAUCUGAUUGAUCUGAAUCAGGGCUCGAAAAUAACACAUAAGCUCCAUUAUUGCAUUCCCAUGAAGCCUCAGGGAGCUAUGGAGAGGAUCAAAACUCCAACACAAACUUGUAAACUAAAGCUAUGCAAGCUUUUCUGCUGGAUUGCUUUCAGUUCUGUCCAUAAGUAAUUAGUUAAUCUGGAGAUUUCAAUCAGUAUUUAAGUAAUUUACCCUUAACACAAGGUGUGAAAUACAGAGGGUCCUGCAGGGUCCAGGACCACCUAAUUAAUCUCUUGGGAACCCUGAAUGUCUCAAAAUCAAAAUUCUGGAGGGUGCAUAAAAAUAAACUUAGUAUAAGGUUACGCUGUUUGUUAGGGGGCGGAGUGGGUAGCGCUGUCGCCUCACAGCCUCGAUUCCCUGGCUGGGUGACCGGGGUCCUUUCUGUGUGGAGUUUCCUCCGUGUUGUCCGGUUUUCUCCCGCAGUCCAAAGACAUGCAGUCCGGCCAAUUGGACAUGCUAAAUUGCCCCUAGGUGUGAGUGUGUGAGUGGAUGUAUAUGUCUGCGUGUCUGCCCUGUGAUGGACUGGUGACAGAAUGGUGAUGGAAUGUUGUAUUCUGCCUUCCACCCACUGACUGCUGGGUUGGGCUCAGGCUCCCCCCCCGUGACCCAGAAGGAGAAGUGGCUUAGAAGGUGUGUUUGUGUCUUUGUUAUGGAAAAAUAGACACUCAAAUUCAAUUGGUGAGCUUCUGUCUUUAAUAUUCUUAACUGUCUAUGCAGCACUGGUCUGGGGUGGCAAAAUUAGUUCACCCUGUUGGUCCUUAGCCUAGUAACAAUAUGCUGUAGCAUAUUUGUAAAUCAGAAAACAUGCCCAAUUUCGUAAGAGACUGGUGGAAAGAGUGAGUUGUUACUUUGACAACACAUUUCUUUGACAACACAAGAGGAGAUAUGCAAGAUCUCAGUUAAUGUGUGGAAGAUCCACAUUACCAAACCAGAAAAGAGCCUUUCCAAAGGAAGAAUUGUUGAACCAAACAUUUUGGUGCCACUGAAGCAAGCAUCAGCACCGCCAGGGGGAGUAAAUUAGCAGUUAGCCAAUUUCAGACACACCUUGUAUUUGUUGUAGAUGAUAAAUACUAGCACUAGUGCACAUACAACUCAAGUUAGGAUCGUGUAGUUUUUUGCCCUCCUCUGUUGGGGGUUUUAGAAGCUAGGCCACGACUGAUAUUAAGGCUCUGUGGGUUUAUUGGUAUCAGGGAAUAGGGCUAGGUAUCAAAAUUCAAUAGUUUUAUGGUACUGACUGAAUUACUGCAGAGUAUUGAAAAUUUUAAUGUCAUUCAGUGCCAGAUACGAAUACUUAAGUAGUCAAUCUUAGCACCAUCUGUGAGCCAGUAAGCAUGCUUAUUCCAAAAUUUAGACUGUAUGUCUGUUAAUAUCAGUGCUUCUUGAUUAGUCUGUAAACAGGAUGUAACAAUAUACAAAUUUCACAAUUGCAUGAAAGUAUAUGUUUUAGUUACAGAAUUGAAAAAGAAAUGCUGAUAUAACUUUAGUAUUUAUUUUUGUUUUUACUUCUUUUGAAGUAAUUCUCAGAAUGUUUUUUUUUCUGAAAGACAGCAGUGCUUGUUGAACAGGAUAACUGGCACAAGUUGUCUUCUUGGAAGAUGUAAAUAAAAAGCAAUAUAAACAAAACUGCUUUAUAAGGCUACAUCUCAAAAUUAAAUUAACUGAGCUUUACAAGAUCAUUUACAAUUGAUCUUGUGUUUGUAUAUAAAAUGUGACUAUUACCUUUUGACUGAAAAUGAGUGUGAGAGGGGAUUUUCUAACAUCGCUCAGUAACUCACAGCAAACUACAGAAUCCACAACAGAAUAGAGGGGUCUACAACCAAAUCAAGGUGCAAAUCAGUAGCUAUUAACAACCCCACUAAGCCAGUUAUUUGUUUCACUCACUCAGAAACAGCACUUGGAUCCUGUGGGGAGAAGCAGCUACUAAGACUGAGAUUAUUAAUAUUAAUUUGCUUGUUUUUUUAUAUUUUAAAGAAUGCACACCCCUAACAGCGAUUAUUAGUUUCUUGAAAGUGUUAAUGGUUUUAGUUCUUAUACUACUAUUACUCAAGUCUGCUUUGUUUGCUUUCACCAGCUACUCACAUUUUUUGCAGCAAUACAGACUGAACUGGUAAAUUUGAAAUCAAAACUUGCAAAGGUUAACUUAGUUUACCUUUAAAAAUCAGGUUGUUUAAAAAUAACUGUUCAAAUAUCACUGAAGUAUGUAAAAUGCACCAAAAUCUGACCUUAGCACCAAGACAACAUGCUACAACCUAAACCUUUGAGAUAAUACAUAUAAGUAUUUUGCAUAUGUGUAGCUGUGUUGCAGAGUAAAGAUACACUAUGUGCAUAAUGUGUUUUCGCCCCAUCCUUCAUCU